AUGGCAACCUACGGUACCAAGAAAGAUGUUGCGUGGCGCAUCGAGGAGGAGGAGGCGCUGCAGCACUUGAAGAGAGCUUGGGAACUGGGCUUCAACACAUUCGAUACGUCCAACUUCUACUGUAACGGUAUUAGCGAGGAGAUUCUUGGGAAGUUCCUCAAAACCGUUCCACAUUACAUCGAUGUCCUGCAGCUUCAUCGAUUUGACUAUGAAACACCGAUUGAAGAGACCAUGACAGCCCUGCAUGAUGUAGUCAAAGCAGGCUUCGUACGCUACAUCGGUAUCAGUAGCUGUUGGGCUUGGCAAUUCCAUGCAAUGCAGAACUACGCUCUGAAUAACAACCUCACUCCGUUUGUCAACUGUCAGAACCUCUACAAUCUCCUAUACCGAGAGGAAGAAAGGGAGAUGAUGCCACUGUUGAAAUACCUUGGCGUCGGCUCGACCCCAUGGAGCCCUCUCGCAAGAGGUCACUUGGCGCGGCCUCUGUCUCGUGCCUACGAGACUGUCCGCUCAACUUCGGAUGCAUAUCACGAUGAAGGCUUGCUUGGCGCAGAGUGGGAAAAAGAAGUCAAUCGAAGGGUUGAGCAGCUGGCCGAGGAGCGGGGAUACAACAUGGCUCAAAUCGGUCUUGCCUGGGUUCUUCAUAAGGACGCCGUGGCUGCUCCCAUUGUCGGCGUCUCGAAGAUUGAGCGAUUCGAAGAACUCUUGCUGCACUUGAGAUCGAGCUGA